UCGUUGCACAUUUGUGUUGAAAACAUGUCUUUAUCAGAUCAAUGAACAGAGCCAAAGAUUAAGAAUAUUAAGCGCACUCCUUCUGUCAGUUCCCUCGCAAAUAUCGAAGGGCCAACGUGCCCACAAAUAAUCGCAGUCCAAUAAUGGCUGAUCCUCGAACCAAAGAAGUGCCAAUAGCCUGCCCUAAUUAUACGAUUAACAGUUUAUUAAUGAUAACAUCGACAAUUACGUUGUUGGUGAGCCUCACGUUAAAAUAUGAAUUUUCAAUGUUUGGAAACUAUCUCGAGUACUAUUCAGGCAAGCCAAUAUUGUUGCUUCUUCUUGUAUCAAUUGUGACGUUCCUCGAUGCAUUCCUCGGAUUCAUUUCGGUGCAGAAAAAAUCUCCUUGCGGUAUAAUUACGUUUGCCAUUUGCACAAUGUAUCUUUUCGUUUCGGUAUCAGCCCUCGUUGCUGUCACCGUUAUAUUCUCUUACGAAGCUGAGGAGAAGAUGUAUGCAGAUUUAAAGGAAGACAUGUUAGGAGAGGAGACUGCCAAUGGAGACGUUAUUGACGCGAUUCAGUUGCACUUAAACUGCUGCGGUUACAAAGGCUUGGACGACUGGUCAAACGAUUCCACCAGUUUGCCUCGAAGCUGCUGCUCUUCCAGCGACAUCUGUGACGCGAAGGACUCACCGGAUGUCCAUACAAUUGGUUGUCGCGAUGCAAUUGGUCACUUUCUCAUUUACCGCAAGUGGUUUGUCGUCGGUGUUCUUGGGGUUCUCGGCAUAAUCGAGAUCUAUUCAAUAAUCUUGUCGCUCAUGGUUUAUCAACGUUUGAUAAAGUCACGCGUGAUUCCACCUACUGUCACUAGUAUACCGAGAGUCGAUCCAGCACCGUCAGUCGGUAACGUCAAUGCCUACGUUCGACGUCCUACACAGUUACCGGUUGUUCUCAAUUACCGCAGCGCUCACGAAAACUUUCUCAAGCAACCAGCUCAAAAUCGCUACUGCGGGAGGCUGAUUCUACCGAGUGCACAAUUCAAAAUUCCUCACGCAAGAUAAUCGAGUGCGGAUUGCCGUGACUCGGAAAUCUGAUGAUAUAAAAGACUGGAAAAAACUUCGCACGCGCCGAACGAGGCGGAAGAUCGUUGAAUUAGGCUUGAAAUUUAUUUAUUUUAAUUAAUUGUACGUUUACAAAUGUUUGCAGUAUUCAUGCGAUUAUGUAAUAACUCAAUGAAAGAAAUAUUGUUAACGAAGAGGAACACGCUACGUGUGAAGGUAUGAACCGUUUUUGAUAUUACUACGUUGAAUAAAAUUGAUUUAUUCCCUUUGUAUGAUCAAA